GCAGAGGAAAACUAUUUUUGCAGAGGGCCAUGUUCCACUUCCAUGAUUGUUUCAGGGAGGGUAACAGCAUGGUAACAGCAUGUUAUUCUGCAGCUUUUCCAGUGUGUAAAGCUGGUUACCGCACCGCUCUUCGACGCAGCUCGACAUGGACCUUGAGCGCUUGCGCCAGAUUGGGCUGGAUGUCAUGUUGGUAGAGCCCAUUUUGCUGCGCCGCAUGAAGACUGAUGGAGACUAUGUGGAGGAGAGCAAGAAAAAGAAGGGCAGGAAGACGGUGAAAGCCGACGGCCGCGGCCGCCUGGGCUGAAGAUUGUCGAGGGCGAGCCGAUACUCCUCCUGUGCUUCACGGGCUGGGGCGGAGGAUGAUGGGAGGAGUCUUGCCAUGGAGCUCGAGUAUUUGACCAGCCUCGGGUUCAGCAUCAUCGCCACGGAGCCGAUUCUGUUGCACCACCCAGAGGACCCUCCACCAGAGCCGGCAGAAGCUAGCCUGGCUUUCGCCGAGGCUGAAGAUCGUGGAGGGCGAGCCGAUACUCCUCCUGUGCCGCCCAAGGUGCAUCGACGCGGUGCAGAGGACGGAGGCGAUUUUCGGGAAUCUAGAGGGUUCAGCGUCCAGCGAAGCACCGACCCGAUCCUGUUGCGCCGCCAAGAGGACUUGGAAGAUGCUAAGCAGAAACUGGAGGAACGAAGGAAGAACCGGCGCCGCGUGAGUAGCAGUCUACUCAUGUCGCGCUGUGCGUUUUUUCAAGGCUACAUUGCAACAUAAAUUGCUACAUUGAGCGUAAUUUGGUGUAUUUGGCCGGAGAUGGAGCUCGGAUACUUGACCGGCGUUGGGUGCAGGGCCCAAUGAUGCAACGAAGUGAUUUCGUGCCUCAGAAGAGGGUGUUUCUUGACGUUUCCUGGUGCCUCUCACCCCUGGCCAUCUCGGCGUCCACUGGAACGACGGAGGACGGAGGCGAUUUUCGGGAAUCUAAGGCAGGGUGGCUGGGUACACGCAUACUUGAAGCUCCAGAAUUUAGAGCUGGGGGUUCCAUAGCUGUGAUUACAUUACCAAAGCG